GUGGCCUCACAGGAUGGACGCUCUGGGGUGCACGCCAUGAUUGGAGGAAGCUGUUUUCAUCAUUGCUGAGGUAAGUACAGAGGAGCUGUGGGCGGAGGAUCGCGGUCUGUGUUUGCUAAAGAAAAGAGUAUUUAAAAAAACAAACGCUACAAUGUAAAAGUUUAAUGAAUGAAAGUGCCCCUGUGUUUAAUAGUAUUUUUAAAAACCGGGCUUUCAUUCAUUCAACUUUACAUUCACUUUAAUAUUUCACAUCCUUUUUUUACUUUAAUACAGCAUUUAUUAAAAAGAUAAUUCAGGUAUACUUACACAAAGUUUUGCUUUUUUCCAAUCCAGAAAUGAACGUCCGUUUGUAUGUGAAUUUUGCAACCAUGCUUUUACACAAAAAACUAACCUCAAUAUGCACCUCAAAACACACACUGGGGAAAAACCAUUCCAAUGUCAUCUUUGUGGCAAGACCUUUAGAACACAAGCUAGUCUACAUAAGCAUAACCGAACUCACACGGGUGAGCGACCUUUCAGCUGUGAAUACUGCGACCAGAAAUUUACGGACAAAACUCCUCUCCUGAGGCACGUUGCCAGCCGACAUCAGGAGGGAAGACCUCAUUAUUGCCAAAUCUGUGGCAAAACAUUCAAAGCUAUUGAACAGCUACGUGUUCAUGUGGCAAGACACAAAGGCGUAAGAAAGUUUGAAUGCACAGAAUGUGGAUAUAAAUUCACUCGACAGGCACAUUUGAGACGACACAUGGAAAUUCACAACCGAAUUGAAAAUUACAGUCCUCGCCAGAGGAAGCUACGUAAUUUAAUCAUAGAGGAUGAGAAAAAUGUUGUUGUUCGUCUGCAAAGCCCACAAGAACUAGAGGUUGGCCCUGCUGAAAUCAUAGUUGAAUCAAUUAAUAGCGCUGCACUGGCUGAAGACCAAGUUGCAGAGCAGAGAAUAUGCACAGAGGAAGGUUACCCUACUGCAGAAGUCAUAGAACAGUCUAUUAUAAUAACUGCAACUGCUAUCCAUGUUGAAGAUUGUGAAACGUGAUAAAGCUUACAAUAAAAUACUCUUUAAUUUA